AUGCUUCGUAUUAACCCCCAACGCCUCUGGAGGCUCGGAACUCCUUACCUGUGCGGUUCCUGCAGACCUUGUCUCUCGCCGCCAUGUCGUUCUCUACCACCUCUGUUCCAGAGCACCGUUCCGGUGAGCGUUCGUGGUUACUCAGACAGCGCAAAGGCAUCAACAGCUCCAGAUGAGAUAGAUCCUACGGAAGCAAAGCCACCGAACGAAGAGACCGACCAGAAGAAAAAAUCCGCACGCGCAAAAACCACUCGUUCUCGUCGACAGAAGAAGAAGAAGAAGAAGAAGAAAAAUCAGGCUACACCCUCUAAGGCCACCUCGGGGUCCCCUUCGACGACGAUCGAAGAACCGGCCGGUCCCGAAGUCAUACGUCAAGUGUUUGAAUCAUUGAAGAACCUUGAGGAUGGUUUCGCCUCUAUCAACUCGAGACUCUCCCUCGUUCAGAAGGGGGCACAGGGUGGCACCAUUACGGUCACCGAUAAGGACUCUGGCAAUGCAUCAAAAACGCGAGGGCUGGACUCGCUUGUCAUACGGCAAACAAACAAGAUGGGCGGGAGGCUCAAGACGAUACGCGGGACUUUGGACGUGCUCAAGAGCGUCUUGAACUCGCAGCAAAUUCCUCUGGACCAUCUGGCCAAGCGACCGACUGCAAAUGAGCCCUUGUCCAAAACCGCAAAAGCACAGUCGGCCAAAGAAACAACAUCACCAACAUCACCAACAUCGAGUGCUGGACCUGGUGAAGCUGAAACCUCGGACUCGAAGAUCACGGUUCGCAAAGUAGAAACGGACAGAAGAUAUCCACACAGGCUGCGCACUUUCGACAGGCUCACUUUCGAAACCCCCAAGGAAUUCGAUAAAUGGACAUCUUUUACAAACCGUUUGUCUCGCAGUGGCAAAACCUCUUUUGGGGCAGGUGCAGCCGCAGCAGCCGCAUCGGCUGUUAAUGCUGCUGGCUCCUCCAGUGAUAACCCUUCAAGCGCAACUGCCAAGUCCUCUGCAAAUAGGCCGGCGAAGAGGUCAAAGACGUCGAGAAAGCUUCCCGUCGAUGUCCAGAGUGUGUCGGCGAAGGAACUUCAGUUGGUGCCCAUUGAAAUACCGGAUUCGCCGACAGUACCAAGCCUCUCUUAUGGGCUGGACAGGGUCUUAUUCAAUCCUGGAGUUUACCAUAUGCAAGACCCUCGUUCGCGAGUCUACAACUUUGACCCUUACCUCGCCAACAUCAUGCCGAUCAACGAGUUCGACUUUAACGCGCUUAAGCAGUAUGUCACUUCUUCCAAAGACACUACUUUGGUUGGCCUUGCAGCCAAGCUUCGCAGGAAAUAUACCGGUUCGACUUCCAGCAUGACACAGAUGCUAUCGCAUUUCCACUAUCUACUCUCUGCUUGGCGACCGAUCAACGCUUCUAAUCUCAGCCGGCAAUUAAACACGGAUGCUCAAUCCUUCACACAAAUCAUGCGCGCGCCAGCUGCCGCCUUCCUCCACCUGAAAGAUGAUGUAUACGCCAUUGAUGCAGACAAGGAGUACGACACGGCCAACAUUCUGAGCAUGCUUGGAAAGUCUAUGGAGAAGCUUUUGACACUGCCCAAGGAUGAGUUUGAGAAAUACCGUCGGGUCAACUCGGACCAGAUCAGCGAGGAAGAGCGCAACGCUAAUGAAGCUUUCCAUUUCACGACCAUGGGCGACUUCCUCAUGCGAUCUCAGCUCGACGCGCAUGACCCACGCCUGCCGGGGACUGGUAUGUUCGACCUUAAGACGAGAGCUGUCGUUUCCAUUCGCAUGGAUGCCCAGGGAUUCCAGAAAGGCCUCGGGUACGAGAUUCGCAAACGGUUCGGCGAUUGGGAGUCGUUCGAGCGGGAAUACUUCGACAUGAUUAGAGCGGCAUUUCUCAAGUACUCUCUUCAAGUGCGGAUGGGCCGUAUGGAUGGCAUCUUUGUCGCCUUUCACAACACUCGGCGCAUUUUUGGCUUCCAGUACGUUAGUCUGGAUGAGAUGGACCUGGCUCUGCACGGAACUGAGAACCGCUCUCUCGGCGACCAAGAGUUCAAGCUUAGUCUGCAUCUUCUCAACAAGGUCCUCGACCGCGCCACUGAGCGGUUUCCCGGUCGCUCCAUUCGCCUUCACGUAGAAACGCGGCCAUCAGACCCUCCUUUCAUGUACGUUUUCGCCAAGCCCGUCACAGGAGAGGAGAUCGAGAAGGUCCAGAACUCCAGCAAGGCCGCCAUUGCCAAGUUCGAACAGCAGAUUCUCGGCCUAGCCCAACAAGAGGCGGAGUUCGAAGCACCGGAGUCGGAAGCCGAGCAGCUAGUCAGCCAUGAAGAAGCGAGCGUUAGUGUCGACGAAGCUACGAACCAGCAACGGCAGACGCAAGCUUUCUGGGAGGAGAUGCAGGAGAAGGUGGAUGAGGCGGUCGAGGAUGACGCCCUUGGCAUUGGUCACGUUCGGGAGGCAAUCCAGGACGCACUCGAGCAGAGCGGUCUUCUCAAGGCACGGACGCCGGAGGAGGCACGUUGGUAUGUUGACGGCCUCCUUGAGGCUCUCACUCCCAAUCAAGCUAGCGAGAUGCGCGAGAGCGAUCGCAAGGAUGACCAGCAAGUUGAGACACCUGCCGUUGAAUCUGGCUCUUCGACAGUCGACUCUGCUCAAGCCGACGGUCUCGACACCGUGCAGGAGGCUACGCUAACGAGCGGCGAAGAGACAACGGUUACACAAGAUGCAAGUGAAGCGCAGACAACGCAAGAUGGAGAAAAAUCCUCCCCUCCGAACAUCAACCGCCAGGACUCUGAGGUACGCGGCUCUCGCGAUCUUGGCCUGAAGGAUCUCAUUCUUCGUGUUGCCACGCGUGUCGACGAGAAGCCCGAGGCUGAAGAGGCUGAGAUGCCAGACGACGACGCCGCUUCUGACGUCUCCAAACUCCGAACAUUCGAACGGAUCCUUUCCGAGCUUGUGGCUAAGUCCAAGGAGGUAGAAAGCGACUCGGCAUCUUCGAUAACAUCACAGACCGCCGACCCUUCGACUCAGAGCAACGAGGAUCUCGAGUCCACAAUCGGUAGUGUGGCUGCGGCGGCCGAAGCUGUCAAAGAAGCCGCCAGUGAUGCUGGAGCGAAGAGCGAAGAGGCUGACACUGAACUCGACAUCUCUGAGGGCGAACUCCUGGGUAUGGUGGUGACGGUCCGCAACAAUGUCAACGGGAAAUACGUGCCGCGGCCCAGCCCCAAUUUUUCACAUUUGGACUGGUCUCUGGAGUACUCUGUCGAGGAAAUUCCUAGCGAGCGCGCAAAGACGAUAUACAGCUCGAUCCAGGAGAGACGAAAGAAGGUGCUUAACCCCUACAGCGGCGCUGACCGGGAGAGGAAUUGGUACACCAUGUUCUCUGGCAAACUAGAGGAGAUGAGCAAGAAGGGCAAGCAGUUCCGCAAGCAGGAGGAUGCUUUGAGCAAGGAGUCGCUAGUCCAUGUUGUCGGCGAGGAGGCGCCCAUGACCUGGGAUGUGGCCUUUAGCCACCAAAAGCAGUGGAAGCCGCUGUCAUGGGAUGAGCCCAAAGAUUCAUAG